AUGAUUUUUUCCAGCCGGAAUUCGUUCUCGCUUUCACGCGACACGGAGCGAGAAUACCCUGUAGCGGCGGAAACGCGGACAAUGUCCCGGUGGAAUUCACAUGCUGGCAGAACGAUACGGUCCAGUAUGCCUGCACUCCGAGGAAGGCAAGGCUGGAUAUUGAUGUGGGGGAAGCAGCAGCUGACCACACUAGGAGUAUUCUCGAUAAAAAAGGAGCAGGAAAACGAACUUCUAGCACACGCGGCAAUAAUCAAGAUGAAGAUAUUAACUACGAGGAAAAUAUAUCAGUUCUUUCCUCGAAGAACUAUAUGGAAAUACUGUUCGAAAAGGAGCAAAAUUCUUGGCGGGGUACCUGCAGCACAGGGGAACUCACCGAUGCGGGUCUAA